AAGGCAUCUGACAACGGAGAAAAAAGAUUAGGCGCUGAUGCUAUAACAUUGGACUAUCCACCAAACCAACUGCGACAGUUGACAAAGACCUUCGUCAUAUUUUAUGUUAUGAUCACCCAUUUGCAAAUUAUACAGCGAAAAAACUAAAACCCAGUUUCCGUUGAAGUCACCGCCAUUGUUUUGGCUAAGAAAUACUGUGUUUUUUUAAGCAACAAGCUACUGAUUCAAAGAGGUGAGUAGAUUUUGCUCAUAAAUAAAAAAGAGGUGAGUAGAGUUAGGAAAUGGAGGGAGGAGUGAAAGUAGACAAAUGGGGCUACGAGGUGAGGACCUCUUCAGACGCUUGCAUAUCUGCCAUCGACGAUUUCUAUGACCAGGUGUUGAGUUAUGGGAGACAUAGGUCGGUGAUAUUGGAGGCACCGUCACAUGACAAGGACUGCGUGCUUGCUAACAUUUUGGCUGCCCAUUUUCUCUGCUCCUCUGAUCCUUCUCGAGCUCCCUCUCAUCUCCAAGCCGCCAAGUCUCGGCUGGAACAAGCUACUCAAUACGAGAAAGCAGUUUUUGACGCUGUCAAUUGUUUGAUUUCUGCGAAUAGAGAUGAUGAUGUUGCUGUUGAGUUGCAUUCUAAGCUCUUGAAAAGUUUCCCUAAAGAUUUGGUCUCUCUGAAAAGGGCCCAAGUGCUCUGCUUCUACAUGGCUCGACCUGAUCUGUCAUUGGAUCUUGUUCAACAGGUUCUACCCUAUAAUGAACAAGAAAAUUACAUAUAUGGCAUGCUUUCGUUUCCUUUAUUGGAACUUGGCCGAAUGACAGAAGCUGAGAAAGCUGCAAAAAAGGGAUAUGAGAUCAACAAGCAGGACUGCUGGGUGCACCAUAACUUGUGCCAUGUUCUUCAGUAUGAUUGCCGUUUUAAAGAAGCAGUAGAGUUUAUGAAAGAGUGCUCGUCCUCAUGGGAUUCUUGUUCGUCAUUUAUGGUCACACACAAUUGGUGGCAUGUAUCUCUUUGUUAUUUAGAAGGCCAUUCUCCAAUCCAAACAAUCCUAAAUGUAUAUGACCAUUGUAUCUGGAAGGAGUUGGAGAAACCUGAUGCUGCAUCUCCAGAGGUGUACUUGAAUGCCCUUGGGUUGUUGUUACGCGUGCAUGUCCGGGGUGAAAUAGAUUCCUUUGAGGACCGUUUGAAGACCCUAGCAAAUUGCGUGACAGAUCAAGCUAACUGGUAUAUAGAGUGGCAUCUUGAUGUGUUAAUUUUAUGGGCCUUGGCUAAUACUGGUGAGAUUUCAAAGGCAGAAGAUUUGCUCAAGGGCUUGAAGUCCAGGAUUGCUGAGAUGAAGAAGAAGAAGCAACAGCUAAUGCAGAGACCAAUACAGCUUGCAGAAGCCUUGUACGAGUAUGGGAGGGGUAAUGAAAAACAAGCAUUGGAAUUGCUCGGUCCUGACUUCGAUGCUGAUGAGUGCAAGAUGAUUGGAGCCUCAGGUGAACAGCUUGAUAUAUUCAAUGAAGUCUGGUACUGUAUGUUGCUUAAAAAUGGACAAGCCACAAAAGCAAUCGAAGUGAUUGAGAAGCGGAUCAAAACAAGAGAAGGGAUCCCUUUCCUUUGGCGCCUGCUGGAGAGGGGCUAUAAACUGACAGGCAGGGAGGAGGCUACAAUUGCAAGUGAGAAAGCCAAGCUUUUGGAGACUGCAUAUUUCCCAUAACCAGUAAGAUCACAGCCAACGAAUCAAGGUGUUGUACAUGUAAUGUAACAAAUGAGGACACGAGCAAAUUUCCACAUCUUGUAACACGAACAAAUAUGUACAUUUGAUCAAAUAAAAUCGGUCUAUAGUUUCCUUAACUUGGAAACAAUUUAUGUUUU